ACUAUUACCAUUUCAUUUCUUCUUUGGACACGAUCAAAAUCCUCUAACACAUACCAUCCUUCUUUGUUCGUUCUUCUUUGCUGUAACUAAAGAACCCUAAAGAAAUUCUAAAAGAGGAAAAGUAAUUUGUGCUGAGGAGAGGCUUGGAAGAUAAUGGAGGAAGCAAUGGCAGCAAGGUACUGGUGUCACCAGUGCUCUCAAGUGAUUACUCCGGUCAUGGAAGUUGAGAUUAAAUGCCCGUUUUGUCAAGGUGGAUUUGUCGAAGAAAUGAGCGGUGGCACCGGAGACGCUGCUCAAGACAUGGACUCGAAUUUCCAAUCCGAUCGUGCACUCUCUCUGUGGGCGCCCAUCUUGUUGGGUAUGAUGGGUAAUCCCCGUCGCCGCAGAAGACUUAGACAUUUCGAGUUUGACGAAGAGGAUGGUGAGAAUUCCGAUGGUGAAGCUCGCCAUGGAGGUGAUACGGACUUGGACAGAGAGCUCGAAUCCAUCAUGAGGAAUAGAAGAAGAAGCUCUGCGACGAUUUUGCAGUUGCUUCAAGGUAUUAGAGAUGGAAUGGCACCUGAAACCGAGAAUUCCGAGAAUGAUAGGGAUAGUGAUCGGAAUCGGAAUCGGGAUAGGGAUAGGGAACGAGAGCGUCUGAUUUUGAUCAAUCCUUUCAGUCAAACUAUCAUUGUCCAGGGUGGUCAAAACCAAAACACCAACCAUAUAGGGUCUAUAGGCGAUUAUUUCAGCGGUCCUGGCUUAGAUUUAUUGUUGCAGCACUUGGCGGAAAAUGACCCCAACAGAUAUGGGACGCCACCAGCACAGAAAGAGGCGAUCGAGGCCAUGCCAGCCGUGAAAAUCAAGGAGAAUUUGCAGUGUUCUGUGUGCCUAGAUGAUUUCAAGGUUGGUGGUGAAGCAAAGGAAAUGCCAUGUAAGCAUAAGUUCCAUAGUGGGUGCAUAUUGCCAUGGCUGGAACAUCAUAGUUCAUGUCCAGUUUGCAGAUACCAAGUUCCCGCUGAUGAAUCCAAACUCGAUUCCGAUAGGCCAAGGAGCAGUAGCAACCGGAGAGAAAGAGAAAGAGAAAGUGAAAGCAACGUUCACGAACAUGGUAAUGGGGAAGAAAGUGAAGGGGACGGGAGAAGGUUCUCGUUUCCAUGGCCAUUCAACAGCUUGUUCGCAUCAGGAUCUCAGUCCAGCAGAGGGAAUUCAUCGUCAUCGACAUCCGGAAAUGGUUCUCAAACAGAUGAGAACUGAGUUUAUAUGGUAUCAAUCAUCCCUGUUGGUUGUUCAAUACUACCAUGAUUGAUGAUGCUUCAGUAUUCUAUUCGGCCUUGUCUAGUAUGUACAAUAAUUAUUUGCAAAAAAAGUUUGGUUUUUGUUAUUGAAUUUAUGCAUUCUUGUAGAUCCUUGCCCCUCGGAACAUUUGUUUCACAAAAUUCUGAAUUCUGAGAUAUUAUGUAAUAUUGCUUCUCUAUGCGUUCGAGUCCUUCUGCUGACAUU